GAGCGCCGUCGGGGUUUUCUUAAUGAUCAUUUUAUGGAUUCAUUUACUACCGCAUAAUUUAACGUAUAACCAAAAUUGCCCAUACGUAGAUACAGUAGUUGCCAUUGUGUAUUCUUCAAAAUGUUGAAGCCACAGUUCCGUGUCAUGCAUAACUAAAACUCGGGUUUGUUGUGGGUGGACACUCCACACUGGUACAGUGCUCGAAUAAUUGACACUAUUACAUUAUCAUCUAACACGCCGCACGCAGUAAGAAAGAAAAAUCAGCUCUGGUACUGUGUUACACUGUAACCUUGUUUUGCCGUUGACACAUCAGUGCAUUGAAACCACUGCGCUGUUCCUUCGGGGAUUUUAUUAGGGGGCUGGGAAAGCAGGACUCCCUUCCUUAUGCAGUGAGAUACUUCGUGUGAGAGCCGGCUUUCAGCCAUUUUACAAACGAGGAAGUGUGACUGCCUGCUUGUGCUGUUCAUUAUAAACAAUGCCUUUACAAGACAGAAGCUAAAAACACGAGGUUUGGGAUUUGAAAACAGUCAUCGUCGCUGCCCUUAAUAUUGACGCGGGCAGCUGUAUUUGCAGCGAAUUCUAGCAUGUGCUCCAUGUAACCCAAAGGGAUACGCACCAGUGGAAGAGGAGGCACAGAUUAUAACUGUAUCGGCACUGUAAAUGACAGAUGGAUGCAUUAGGCAAAAGCAGAGGCCCUCCUACUUUGCAGUGUGCAGGCAGCAUGGACCACACCUUCAGCUUCAGUACACUAAAGAAGCUGGCCGCGGAGCCCGAUCACACUGAUGUGAGCCUGUCUGCAGAGGAGCGAGUGAGAGCUCUGAGUAAGAUGGGCUGCAACAUCGAAAUCAACGAAGACAUCACCCCCCGGCGCUACUUCCGCUCCGGGUUGGAGAUGGAGCGCAUGGCUGCUGUUUACCUGGAGGAAGGGAACCUGGAGAACGCCUUUGUCCUGUACAAUAAAUUCAUCACAUUAUUUGUUGAAAAGCUGCCCAGCCAUCGGGACUACCAACAAUGUGCAGUACCUGAGAAACAGGACAUCAUGAAGAAAUUACAAGAUGUUGCUUUUCCAAGAACUGAUCAAUUGAAGAAAUUACUUGUUGAGAAAUACAGUAAAGAACACAUGGAGUAUAUGAAAGGCCAAAGUAAAGCUGUGGAGGAGUGCUAUCAGAGCCUGAAGCAGCUGCAGCUGAUUGAGGAGGAGAAGCAGCGUGUGACCCAACUGAGGAGGCUGCAGAUCGAAUCGGAGCAGUUUCGCUUCUUUGAGGACCAGCUUCGCCGACAGGAUCUCGCCAGCAGGAAAGAAGCCGGGCCCAGUGUUUCCAAGCAGACUGACGGUGAAGCGCUGUCCUGCUUGUCCUGUCCUUCUAAAAACAACACCAAAGGAUCCUCCCGCCCAAAUCUUGGAGGCCCCAGCCAGUCCCCUGCUGUAAACAGAGCUCUCAGUGCCAUUCAGAAUCAGAAGGUAGAAGGGCUGAGGAGCAUUGUGAUCCCCAAGGAACUCUCCUACAAGUUUUUGGUUCUUGCCGAUAACAAUACAGCAAGAGGAAUAGAAACCUGUGGGAUUCUUUGUGGAAAACUGACCCAUAACGAGUUUACAGUAACUCAUGUGAUAGUGCCCAAGCAGUCUGCUGGCCCAGACUCCUGCGAUGUGGAGAAUGUGGAGGAGCUCUUCAGCUUUCAGGACCAGCACAAUCUCCUCACUCUUGGAUGGAUCCACACACACCCAACUCAAACAGCAUUCCUAUCAAGUGUGGAUCUCCACACCCACUGUUCAUACCAACUGAUGCUGCCAGAGGCAAUUGCGAUUGUAUGUUCACCAAAACACAACGACACUGGGGUUUUCAGGCUCACCAGUGCAGGGAUGUUGGAGGUGUCUGCCUGUAGAGCGAAGGGCUUCCAUCCACACUCCAAGAACCCAGCAUUGUUUAGUCUAUGUAAACAUGUCAUUGUGAAAGACAUGGUAACGACAGUGCUGGAUUUGAGGUGACGUAUGCAGAAGAAGACCCAUUCUGGCUAGUGAAGACAUUUGUAAUGUAAAAGAAGGGUCCCAAAAAGAUUCUGACACUCCAGGGUUAUACGUUUUAUAUUUAUACUUAUAUUAUUUAUUUGUUCUUUUUUAUUAUUAUUAUUUGACUGUGAACUGAUGAGAUAACCUUACACUAAAAACAUUGAAAUUGUCUGCCUGAGAAUGAAGUGAAGUUUGUGUGAAGCUUGUAAAAUAUACAGUAUGCUACUUUGUGUUUAUUUUGGUUUGUUUUUAGUGGCUUGUGCUCCAAGGCCGUAUUGUGAGACUGUGGUGGAGUUGCCUGAGGUGUCUCUUUCUUUUAACCACUGUACUGCUUAGCCAAGAACCUUUGAACUAGAAAAACUAUUUGAUAGUCAAUACCCAGCCAUGUAACGUUUCUAUUUAAAGGCAGAGAUGCUGGUGAAGGGGUGGGCUUGUGUUCUGUGUCUCAGGGCUAUAUUACCAAUGAGGCAUCUUUUUUACUAGCACUGUUGAAAUUUGCGAUUUUCAAGCAAUUGUUGCUUUAACUUUGCAUAUCAUGAGGAAUGUCGCCUACAAAUGCUUGCUUAAACAGAUGCCAGUCUGUUGACUCGUAUUUUCAUUUAGUGUGAACUCUGGACUCAAAAGUGUGGAGGACUGGAACAGCCAAUACAGAGUUGGUUAUGAUUCUUUUCACACAUUUUUUUUAAUUUUUUUUUUUUUUUUUAAUACAUGCAAGCAUCAUUGCUUAAGGAAAUUAAACUCAUGAUGGUAUUUACUGAAGCAGUGGUCUACUUGAUUUACUUUCAUAUACUGGUAUAUAAAACACUAUCAGUAUAAAAACACUAUUGACUUUGUAUUGUUCCCUCUUUUUUUCUUCUUCAUGAAACCAAAAUAUAUCCUCCUCUAAUGGUAUUUGUUUUAUUUAUAGCAUGCUACCACCCGAUGGCAAUAUGUGAUAACUGUCCCCGACUUUAAUUAAAAGAAAAUUUCAUUGAAGUAGAAAGUCAAACCUGAUGUUUUACACACUCUGACACAUUCAAGUCUCAAUGCAUUGUCAGUUUCAAGAGAACAUAACUGAAAAUGGUGUACAUAGGCAUUAAAAAGAUGAUCUUUA